GACAUGUGUGAGGCAUUGUGUGAGGCAAGACCUCAAGCCUCAAGGCUCAAGCGCAGUGAUACACAAGACUAUGCUUUUUUUGGUCCAUCUUGGGGCCCCAUUCAUUUUCCUAUCAGACCUUCAGAAUGAUGAAAGGCCGCCCAAAAUCAACUCAUGGUUUCCUAGGGCCGGUGGCGCUCGGUUACCUUCUUCUGGACUUUGUGGUGGACCAGCUGCCCUGGCUCCCCGCCACCUGGGCAACUUACGUCCGAAUCGGGGUGUGGGCAAUCCUAGGGUGCGCAGCAUUGAGCAGAAUCCCUGCGUACGAAGGCUGGGCCCAGGAAGCACGCCAUGUGCCGCUGUUCCUGCUGUCCAUGCUCUUCAUGGUGGCCAGCCUGGCAUUUGAGGCCGUGUUUGGGGUGCACUUUGUGACAGCGCUCAUGGGCCUCGACUGGCACAGGUCACAGCCCCCACUCCCCGAUACGGGUCAGUGGCUGUUUCAGGCCCUGGACGAGCGCCUGCCGGCCCCCGUGACAGCGCUGCUGCGCGCCCCCCUGCUGGGCCUGCACCACUUUCUGGCGCUGUUCCUCAUGCUGUGCUUCUCCACCCUGUGGGGCUGCACGCCCCGCCCCGGCGUCCACAUUGGCGCCCAGUACAUGCGCGCCAUGGCCUGGGGCCGCCUCCUGCGCACCCUCGCCUUCGUGGGCACCAUCCUGCCCUCGCCACGCCCCUGGUGCGGCCCCCACCGCUUCCAGGUCCCCGCCCACGCGUCCCCCUGGGCCCAACAGUACCACUUGCCGUAUGCCCACGACCAGAUGGCGCUGUGGGGCCUCCUCAAGGACCACCGCGCUGCAGCCCCGCCCUCGGAGUCCCCGCCCGAGUUCGUCCCUGCGUGGGGCCGCCUCCAGUUCCUGGCGCCCUUCCUGCGCCCGACGCCCGAGUCCAGCGACGACUGGUUCACCACGCUGAAGCGGGCGGGGGGCGGCUGCAACGACCUGGUCUUCAGCGGCCACAUGCUGGUCGCCGCCCUCACUGCGGCAGCCUUCCAGGACGUGUAUCCCGGUUGGACGAGCGCUGCGGUGUGGGCGCUGCUGGCGCACUCGGGCAUGCGCGAGGUGCGCGAGCGGCACCACUACUCGGUGGACGUCGUGCUGGGCUGCUUCGUGGGGGUCAUGCUCUGGCGGGCCACCAGCCCACGGCAAGAGAACAGGCUGCAACGAGAGGACGCGCUGCGGAAAGCGGCCAAGGAUGGGGACAUGGACCGAGUGCGGGACAUUUUGGAAAGGAAAACGCGGAUAGGAUUGGAAGAGACGGGGACGCCGGAUGGAAGGACGAAACUGUUUGGGGCCGGCUUGCUUGCGGGGACGUUUGCAUUGGGGGUUGCGGUGUUUCUUUUGUGCAACAACGGAUAAAUAGUCAUUGUUCUUUCUUGCUAUGGCCGAUCGCAAUUGUGUCAGGUGCCAGGUCCUCGUUAGUAUACAUUUUGCCCACUCCGUUUGGAUGCAUG